AUGUGCAAUGGAGUGCAGUGUUUGUAUGGAAGUAGUUGUGUCGACGGAAUAUGCUCGUGUCCUGAGAACUGCCCCCUCGAUGCUGACGACUACAACCGUUUGAGAAUAUUUGAAGAUGAGGAGGACAUGGAGGAAGCGGUGUGUGGCACGGAUGGCGUCCUCUACAAGAGUGAAUGUCACUUGAAGUUGACCGCGUGCAAACAGGCACUGCCCAUUUACGUGCACCACUACGGAGAUUGUGAUGAAGGUCUUCCAUGGCUAGAUUCAUGCGAAACCAAAACGUGUUUGUAUGGUGGUACUUGCGAAGUCAUGGAAGAAAAUGGGAAAAGAAUUGAAAAAUGCAUUUGUUCACUUGACUGCUCCGAUGUCAGAUAUGAAAUAUGUGGUUCAGACGGCAACCUGUACAUGAACGAGUGUUACAUGAGAAGAUCGGCUUGCAGGAAGCAACAGGAUAUUUACCAAAUUGAUCCACUUUAUUGUGAAGGGGUUGAAGAAAAACACUGCGAUGGUUUUGAAAUAGUGAGGGACGGCAUGACGGACGAGGAGCUGCUCUGCAGGAAUGACGCGCCAUACGAGAAGUGUCCUGCCGACGCUUACUGCCACGUCAUCGACCAAAUAGGAAAGUGUUGCCAUGGUUAUCAAGUCCUGUCGGGCUGUGAGACAUCUGAACAUGGUUGUUGCCCAGACCGAUCCACAUCGGCUCUUGGUCCGCAAUAUUUUGGAUGCGAUCUAGAAUCGAUUGAUGUCUGCCACUGCAACCCAGUCGGCUCAACAUCAACUGAAUGCGAUGCAGCCACAAACAGUUGUUCCUGCAAGCAGAACGUUGGUGGCUUGAAAUGCGACAGAUGCCAUUCGGGCUUCUGGGGCUUUCCUCUGAUUGCGGAGGGCCAACCAGGAUGUCACGCUUGCAACUGUAAUGCACUUGGAUCUUUUAGGAGCGAUUGCGACCAAAUGACGGGUAGGUGCUUGUGUAAGGGUCACGCCAUGGGAGACAAAUGUCAAUAUUGCCUGAAUGGAUCGUGGCUCACUGAGCAGGGGUGCGUUGCAGCAACAACAUUUGAAACCACCUUACGAAGCGUCGACAUAAGCACGAAGAAAACAACACCCGAACCAUCCAAGAAAACUACAAAAGCCAUUGUGGAUGCUAAUAAAAAACCUAAAACGACCAAAUCGUCAAAAAAGAUGACCACAACUUCCGUUGUUAAAACGACUACGAGAAAAACUUCCUCCUCUAGCUACAUCUCCCCUCACUUCAAUGGCGAUUCUCUCAUACGUCUCAGAAACCUGGUUCAUGGCAAACACGAUGUGACCAUCAACAUGAAAUUUCUUCCUCUCAGUUUGGAUGGUUUGUUACUCUACGCUGGACAUUUAGACAAAUUGAAAAGCGGAUUUCUUUCUAUCGCACUAAAAAAUGGUUCUGUGGAGUUCAGAUUCGAUUUGGGUAGCGGUCCAGCUACUCUGAGAAGUGAUGAAACGAUAAAACUCAACCAGCUACAUACGCUGUCUGCAACUCGAUACGGCAAAGAUGGACUGCUGAAGGUGGAUGGCGGUUCGAAUGUGGUCGGGGUGAGCAGGGGAUCAUCAAGGACCCUGGAAAUGGAUGUUCCACUGUUCCUUGGGAAAAUUCCACAUUCAGACAUUGUGUCCAAGAAAAAUAACCACGUUGACGUUGGAUAUGUAGGCUGCAUUGAAUCACUCAACAUUUCAAGUUCUCUUCAGAACACCGCAGAGUACAACCUCUCGAAGGAUCCUUCCUUUAUAAACACUGACAUCAUCAUGGAGCGAAAAAUUUGUUCGUAG